AUGAACAGUGCUAGUUUGCAAAUGGCGUCACUCUAUGUUGGCGAUCUUCACCCUGAUGUGACCGAGUCCAUGCUUCUGGAGAAAUUCAGCUCUGUCGGGCGAGUUCUCUCCAUGCGCCUCUGCAAGAAAAAGAGGACUGGCACAUCACACCAGUAUGCUUUUAUCAACUUUCAGCAGCGGGCCAGUGCUGAGCGUGCUUUGGAGCUGCUCAAUUUUGACAUUCUUUUGGGUCAGCCCAUGCGCAUCAUGUGGUCCCAGAGGGACUCAUCUCUAAGAAAAAACAACAUGGGAAAUAUCUUUAUCAAGAACCUGGAAAAGUCCAUCGAUAGCAUGGCCCUUUACAACACCUUCUCCACCUUUGGCAACAUCCUGUCAUGCAAGGUGGAGUGCGAUGAAAAUGGGUCCAGAGGAUUCGGAUAUGUGCACUUUGAGAGUGCCGAGGCUGCCGAGACUGCCAUCAAGAGGCUGAAUGGCAUGCUGUUCAAUGGCCGCAAAGUGUUUAUCACACACUUCAAGUCCCGCCAGGAGCGCAAGGCUGUAAACAAGACGACUGCGAAGGAUGUCAACAGCAAGCAUGAGCAUGUGAUCCAAGCUCAGACGAAGGAAGAGGGACAUCUCAAUCUCAAACACAAGGUCGAGCAGCGUGUGAACCUGUGUGUGAAGAAUCUGGACGUCACUGUGGAUGACGAGCGUCUGCGUAAAGAGUUCUCACCUUUUGGAACCAUCAUCAACUCGAAGGUGAUAAGGUCCAAUGGCUGCUCUAAAGGGUUUGGGUUUGUGUGCUUCUCAUCUCCGGAGGAAGCCACAAAGGCCAUGAGAGAGAUGCAUGGAAGGGUGCUGGUCAGAAAUCUGCUGCACAUCACUCUGCUUCAGCGCAAAGAGAAGAGACAGGCUUCCCUCUCCAGUCAGAGGACGCAGGCUUUCCAAAACCCUGUACUGAACCACCACCAAACUGCACCACCUUCUGGCAAUGUCAUGCAUGCUAUUCCUGAGGCUCAGAACCCCACUGCCAAUAACAUAAGCAUCCAGCAGGUCAAACCUUGCCCAAGUACAAACAGGGCUAAGCAGAACGUCCAGCUGCAGUGUUUCCAGAACAUGUCCGAAGUGACACAUCUGCAGGCCAUAGGUAUAGGUGAUAAAAAAAACAAAACUACAGUCACAGACACAGUUCCAGCUGCAGUUCUGACUGUAGUUCCGACUGUAAUUUCAGUUCCUGCUGCACUUCCUACUGCAGUUAAAGCUGUACCACCUGCAGUUCCUGCUGCAGUUCCCACUGCAGUUAAAGCUGUACCACCUGCAGUUCCUGCUGCAGUUCCCACUGCAGUUAAAGCUAUACCACCUGCAGUUCCUGCUGCAGUUCCCACUGCAGUUAAAGCUAAACCACCUGCAGUUCCUGCUGCAGUUCCCACUGCAUUUAAAGCUAUACCACCUGCAAUUCCCACUGCAGUUAAAGCAGUACCGCCUGCAGUUCCUGCUGCAGUUCCCACUGCAGUUAAAGCUAAACCACCUGCAGUUCCUGCUGCAGUUCCUACUGCAGUUAAAGCUAUAACACCUGCAGUUCCUGCUGCAGUUCCCACUGCAGUUAAAGCUAUAACACCUGCAGUUCCCACUGCAGUUAAAGCUAUACCACCUGCAGUUCCUGCUGCAGUUCUCACUGCAGUUAAAGCUAUACCACCUGCAGUUCCUGCUGCAGUUCUCACUGCAGUUAAAGCUAUACCACCUGCAGUUCCUGCUGCAGUUCUCACUGCAGUUAAAGCUAUACCACCUGCAGUUCCUGCUGCAGUUCUCACUGCAGUUAAAGCUGUACCACCUGCAGUUCCUGCUGCAGUUCCCACUGCAGUUAAAGCUAUACCACCUGCAGUUCCUGCUGCAGUUCCCACUGCAUUUAAAGCUGUACCACCUGCAGUUCCUGCUGCAGUUCCCACUGCAGUUAAAGCUAAACCACCUGCAGUUCCUGCUGCAGUUCCCACUGCAGUUAAAGCUAUAACACCUGCAGUUCCCACUGCAGUUAAAGCUGUACCACCUGCAGUUCCUGCUGCAGUUCCCACUGCAUUUAAUAAAGCAGUACUAGCUGAAGUUAAAAAAACCAUGCUGGCUGCAGUACCAGCUGAAGUUAAAAAAGCUGUACCCACUGCAGUACCAGCUGAAGUUAAAAAAGCUGUACCCACUGCAGUACCAGCUGAAGUUAAAAAAGCUGUACCCACUGCGGUACCAGCUGAAGUUAAAAAAGCAGUACCCACUGCAGUACCAGCUGAGGUUAAAAAAGCAGUACCCACUGCAGUACCAGCUGAGGUUAAAAAAGCAGUACCCACUGCAGUACCAGCUGAGGUUAGAAAAGCAGUACCCACUGCAGUACCAACUGUGGUUAGAAAAGCAGUACCCACUGCAGUACCAACUGAAGUUAAAAAAGCAGUACCCCCUGCAGUACCAACUGAAGUUAAAAAAGCAGUACCCCCUGCAGUACCAACUGAAGUUAAAAAAGCAGUACCCACUGCAGUACCAACUGAAGUUAAAAAAGCAGUAUCGGCUGCAGUACCAACUGAAGUUAAAAAAGCAGUACCCACUGCAGUACCAACUGUGGUUAAAAAAGCAGUACUUGCUGCAGUACCUCCUGCAGUACCAUCUGAAGUUAAAAAAGCAGUACCCACUGCAGUACCAGCUACAACUCCAGUGCCUAUGAGAGAUGAGCAGCUGACCAAGAACACAAUGGGAGGACAAGAUACAAGGCAGUCUCAGGAUACAGAGACUGCUCUGCCUGCACCAAGUCAGAAGCCACUCACCAUCUACAUGUUGGAGUCAGCUGAUGUGGAUGAACAGAUCAGGAUGCUGCAUGAGCACAUGUUACCACUGGUGGAGAAAAUCCACCCGAAUCGAGCUAAGGACAUCACCUGGAUGAUAAUACAAGGCGAGAACAACUAUGACCUGCUGAAUAUGAUUGGGGACCCCAAGCUUCUGCGCUUCCAGGUCGAGCAGAUUGCUGCUAUGCUUCAGGCGAGGGAAGCUGGUCAGGACGUGCGUUUUCCUCCACCCAAGAGCAAGAAUAAGAAGAGGAGAAAGAAGAAGCAAUUCCAAUAAAUUCAAAUAAAAAUCAAUCACAAAUCGCACC